UGAGCUGAAGGAGGGGCGGAGAGAAGGAGGAGGAGGAAGAGGAAAAGAGAGCCUGGGCGGUGGCAGCGGCGGCGGCUGUAGUAGCUUCCCCUGGAGCAGCGGCAGCAGCGUCGGCUAGCCCAGCUGAAGAGGGAGAGAAGCAGGCCGGCGGCGUUGAUUCUUUCUGGGGCGCACAAUGGACAGCCAAGGCAGGAAGGUGGUGGUGUGUGACAACGGCACCGGGUUUGUCAAGUGUGGAUAUGCAGGUUCUAAUUUUCCAGAACACAUCUUUCCAGCUUUGGUUGGAAGACCUAUUAUCAGAUCAACCACCAAAGUGGGAAACAUUGAGAUCAAGGAUCUAAUGGUUGGUGAUGAGGCAAGUGAAUUGCGGUCAAUGUUAGAAGUUAACUAUCCUAUGGAAAAUGGCAUAGUUCGAAACUGGGAUGAUAUGAAGCAUCUAUGGGACUAUACAUUUGGACCAGAAAAACUUAACAUAGAUACUAGAAAUUGUAAAAUCUUGCUCACGGAACCUCCUAUGAACCCAACAAAAAACAGGGAGAAGAUUGUGGAGGUCAUGUUUGAGACUUACCAGUUUUCUGGUGUAUAUGUAGCUAUCCAGGCUGUUCUUACUUUGUAUGCUCAAGGUUUAUUGACUGGUGUUGUUGUGGACUCUGGUGAUGGUGUAACUCAUAUUUGUCCAGUAUAUGAAGGCUUUUCUCUUCCUCACCUUACCAGAAGACUGGAUAUUGCCGGGAGAGAUAUUACCAGAUACCUUAUCAAGCUGCUUCUGCUUCGAGGAUAUGCCUUCAACCAUUCUGCUGAUUUUGAAACUGUUCGCAUGAUUAAGGAAAAACUCUGUUAUGUGGGGUACAAUAUUGAACAGGAGCAAAAACUGGCCUUAGAAACAACAGUUUUAGUUGAAUCUUAUACACUUCCUGAUGGCCGAAUUAUCAAAGUUGGUGGAGAGAGAUUUGAAGCACCUGAAGCUUUAUUUCAACCUCAUUUGAUCAAUGUGGAAGGAGUGGGUGUUGCUGAACUGCUCUUUAACACAAUCCAGGCUGCUGAUAUUGACACCAGAUCCGAAUUUUAUAAGCACAUCGUGCUUUCUGGAGGAUCCACCAUGUACCCAGGUCUGCCGUCUCGUUUGGAACGUGAACUUAAACAACUUUACCUAGAACGAGUCUUAAAGGGAGAUGUGGAAAAACUUUCGAAAUUUAAGAUCCGCAUUGAGGAUCCGCCUCGCCGAAAGCACAUGGUGUUUCUGGGUGGUGCAGUUCUGGCGGACAUCAUGAAAGACAAAGACAACUUUUGGAUGACCAGACAAGAAUACCAGGAAAAGGGUGUUCGUGUGCUGGAGAAACUUGGUGUGACUGUUCGAUAAACUCAAAACUUGUUCCCAUCACAUCUUUAAAGCUUUCUUUUUUUUUUCUCUUUAUUGCCAAUCUUUGAACUCAUUCAGCUACAUGACAUGGAAAAGGCCUCUUUGUGCCCUUUGACUCAAAAGGUCCAGUUUUGUUCUGAUUUCUCUGGGAAGCUUUGUUAAAACUUGGUAAAUGUGGCUAAAUUUGACUAUUUAAUUUGACCACUUCCCUACAAACAAAACUGACAGCUAAGGGGCCUGUCUGCUGCAUUGUUCUUUCUCUUUAGGCAUCUGGAUAAUUCCUGUAGGCUUUUUAUUUUCAGUUUUCUGCUAUAAUGCUGCUAGCUUUUGUCUUUAGCACACCAGGUGGUUUGCCUUUCUUAGCAUAAGAAAAACUUUUACUGCAGCUUUUAUAGCCUAUUCCUUUUGUUGGGGAGUUACCUUUGCCCCCUUUGUAGCCUUUCUUCCUUAGUGUGGAGCUUUAAGCUGUCACUGCUACUAUAAAUACCUUAAAGCCUUCCAUGUGAAUGUCUUGGGGAAAUAUCUGGUUCUGAACUUAAAAUGUUAACGUUCUCUCCGCACCCCCUUCCUCCAAGAGUUAUAGGGGAUGGGGUUGGAAAUAAGUUGUAAGGUGUUGUAUUUUGAUUUUUGAGCUGUAUAUCUUUUCUGUGAUUAUAUAGGGUGAACUUUAUUUACAUUACUUUUUAUUUUGUAGGUUUUCUAUUUUAAUUUUGGUAUACAUUUCUAUGUGAUACAGAAAGCAAGGGUAGAAUAAUAUCUAAUCCAUUUCCAUGUGGUUUAGCCUUCGCUUAAAAAUAAUUAAAAACAACUCCAAACCAUCAUCAUCCUGGGACUGGUUCCCUAGAAUUUCUCAGUUGAGAGAAGCUUUUAGUAAUUCUAAGUACAGAGAAAAACAUUACUUUAAAAACUGAAUUGUAAAAUUGAUAAUUUUUGAAAGUGCUUUUGUUUAUUUCUGAAGCGCUUAUAUUAAAAUUUUGCAAUGGCAGUAACCUAGUGCCAAGUACGGUUCUUAAAUAGUGGAGAUUUCCUGUAACUGACCAGUACUUAUUUAAAUAAAACGAGCAGAUAUAGUCACUGGUAGUAAUUAAGAAGAGAUACCUCUACUUGUUGGAUUAAAAACUAACAUUGGAUUAUGGGACUGGUUGCCAGUUGAUAAAUAUUCACUCACAAGUCAUUUUUGCUUGUCUUGUUUUGAUACCUGGAAGGGGGCAGGGUGAAAUUCAAUUGUUUGAAAUGUUGUUUACAAAAGAAAAAUCAAGAUUAAAAAUCUAACUAUUGAAAAACAUAAUUGUAGCUGCUAACUCAUCCACUUUUUAUGCUUAAAAGAAGAUUUGCUGUUUUAUGUAAAUACAUAGCAGGCUGUUGCCUAUGCUGUGUCAUUUGUGUAAAACUACACAAUGGUUCUUAGUAUUUAUUGGAACUAUCAAAUAAUAUCAUGCAGAUGAAGUUCUUUCCAAAUCUGUUGAAUAAAGUAAUGAGAAAUUGUAUUACUUCGAGUUAAAAAUGAGGAUUUUGAAGACCCAGAGCCUUAUUCCAAAAGCAUUUAUUCACUAAUAGUGAUGUCUAAAGAAAGGAGAUAAAAGGGAACUGGACCUAUGAUUCAUUGUCCAAGGAACUCUCAGUCAGGAACCUCACUCUACUAACCUAUGGCAGCUUACUGCAGAGUUGCCUAGAACAUCGGAAGGUUGAGGGACUUCCCCAGUUAAACAGCCAAGAGAGAGGGCAUGAACUCCUAGACUUCCUGGCUUUGAGGCUAAGUCUCCUGUAUGUUACACUGCCUUUCUUGUCUUUUUAAAAAAAGGUAGCUUUUUUAAGUCCUGUAUUUAUGAAAACUUAAGCAAAACCUUCUGUUUAAAUGAAAUAAAGUACAAAAAAGAGGUUAGUCAUGCAGCCAAUAUUUUGAUAAUGAUGAUUAUAUUUAUCCUUAACUUAGAAAAAGGCAGAUUUGCAGGCAUGCUGGAUGUGCUUUUUAGUACCUUCACAUUAGCAAUAGGUAAUAAAUCUUCGAGGACUGAUAUGAGGUAUUUUGGAUUCCUAAUGUGGACUUCAUAAGGUAGGAAACUCUUCUAAGUAGGGCACUCUUUUGCGCACUGGCCACGUCAGAGGAUCCACAUUUAGGAGAAGUACUGGUUAUAAUGGAAUAACUUUUCAACAUAAAUGGAAUAAUUCUUCUGACUUUUGAAUAGUAGUCAAUCCAUGGAAUAAAAUUUUAAAAAAAUUCUUCCCUUAUUGAAAUUUUUCAUUAUGAUAUUUUGAGUUAAAGUAACACUUAGUGGUUCAUCUGUAUACACAUAUAUAUUACAAAAUCCCAUUUUAAAAUUUAAGUCUCAUUAGUUGGAUGAAUACACUUAGAAAUGUCUUUUUGGGUGUCUUUGUUUAACUGGUGUUUUCAUUGUGUCAGAUAUGGUUCCCCUCCUGGAAAUUUCCCACUACUCUCACAGUUUAAAACAAAAUACUGUGAAAGAGAACUGGUUUUGUCUUCUAAAGACUACAGUUGCCCAGAUUUAUAAUUAUAAUACUUUAAUUUGAUUUUUUUAUCCAGAUUUUGCUUAUGGCUUUGACAAUUAAAGGGUUUCUUAGGAUUACAUCCUAUUUUUAAACAUCUAUCUCCCUUAAAACCACACCAAACUUUGGUAUUUAGGAUGUUAACCCAGAUAAACUAACAGUAUAGAAGCAUUAUUAUAGUUCUAAGCAAUGUUAAAAUAUAUGGAAAGCCAUUUGAGAAACUGUCGAUGGAUAUUUCAAUAGAAUUUUAAAUUUAAUUUGAGCACAGGCCUUUUUUAUUAAAAAAUAAAAUCAGAUUUUUCAGA